CAUCUCUUAGAAACCUGUUAGAAAUAUGACUGUUAACGUAAUUUAUUGAAAUUAAUGUAUUUUGUUACAAAAAUUGUGUCAAUUUUACCUGACAAAUAUCAUUGUGAAAUUGUGAGAUAUAACGUAAUAAUAUAAUUAACAAUGUGAUUUUUUUUAUUUAUUCAAGUGUGAGAGUGAUUUCUAAUUUAUGUGUUUUAUUACCAAAAAGUUUAGCGUACUUACUAAAAAAUUAAUUAAAUUAAUCUUAAGAAAAUUUAUAUUGCAACAGUGUUAUUUGUUGUUCUAAAUAUUAUGAGUGUACGAAACAUAGUAUUAAGUAAUAUAACUAUUAAAAAAUAAGUUAACUAAACAAUCGUGAAGAAGAUUAUUUAAAGGUUAAUACAUCGUUAUUGUCAAAUAUCAAGAAAUUGUUGCAAUAACAUUUUAUUAUGGUGUACGUUUGAAUAAUAAAGAAAGGACUAACAAGAUGAAUAAAUCAGAAACUACCAAAUUACCUCCAGAUGGAAGCUGGGGUUGGAUGAUUGUCCUGGCAUAUUCAUUAAAUGGAAUAUGUACUAUAUCCAUUAUGCAAGGAUUUGGAUUAAUAUUCAAAGAUACUUUUCCUCGUUUGGGGUUCAAUGCGACGGAAGGAACGAUCAUCCUUAAUACGAACUUAGCUUUUGGUAUGAUACUUGGAUUGGUAAAUGGUCCUUUUUUACGAAUUUACGGAUAUAGAAAAAUGGCUCUGGUCGGUAGUACCUUUUUGAGUAGUGGAAUAAUUACAACAGCAUUUGCCAAAUCUUUUACCACUUUAAUGAUAUCUUAUGGCAUACUCGCAUCACUGGGUACGACUAUGACGCUGUCUGCUUUUUCGUAUGCAUUGAAUUCCUAUUUUACGAAAAAAAGAGGACGCGCAAUGUCUUUAGCAAUGACACUUAUUGGAGUGGGACCAAUAAUUGUACCUCAAGUGACUACUUUCUUAAUUUCAUAUUAUGGAUUUCAGGGUACGAUAUUGUUAUAUGGAGCUUUCACUCUACAUGGAUAUGUAGGUAGUUCAUUACUUCAUCCACUUAAAUGGCAUACGAAAAAUGCAAAAUCGGAAACAGUGAACGACGAAUCAUUCAACGAAAAUAAAAUGACAGAUCGAGAGAACAACGACGAAGAAAGUCUGAAUUCAGUAUUAGAUUUAACUAAUAAACAGAGAAGAAGGAAAACUACUAUUUCAAGUAUCGAUCACGAUGCAGAAAUUGGAAGUAUAUAUGGUUUGGAUAUACCCUAUGCUCGACAAAUAUCUGAAACAUUGAAUAUUUCUUUAGGAGAAAAAGAUGUUGAUAAAUAUACAAUUAUUGAAAAUGGCCAAAUGGAAAAGGAACGCUUAAGAACUCAACGUAAUCGUCGAUUUAAAAGCAUCGAUACAAUUAAUCUAGGCAGUAGUAUUAAAAUUUUUGAAGAGAAACCUUUGAGAAAAUGCAGUAGCAUAAAUGAAUUUGAAAUGAAUAAUCAUCAAAUUACAAUGGAGAACGAUACAUUAUUAGCACAAAGUAAUGGAAACACAAUAUCAGAUGCAAAUAUUGACAGUAAUGAGAAAUCUGAAAAGAAAUCGACCAUAACACGAAUACUCAACACAAUAUCAAACUGUUUCGAUUUGGACUUAUUGCGAGAUCCAAUUUACGUAAAUAUGAUGUUGGGAAUGUCUGUCGCUAUUUUUGCCGAAAUAAAUUUCUCUCAACUAACACCUUUCUUCCUGAUGGACAUGAAAAUAUCAACUAAUCAAAUUGCGACGGUAAUGAGUAUUACUGCCAGUGUAGAUCUGGUUUUCAGGACUCUUGCUCCUUUUAUUGGGGAGUGGCUUCAUCAACCACCGAGAAUAAUGUAUCUCUUAAGUUUGUGUAUGUUAAUUAUCAGUCGGACAUCUUUAUUGUUCGUAAAUGGAUUUAUUUCGUUGAUAGUCGUUGCUAUUGGUUUGGGGGCUUCUAAAGGAAUACGUUCAAUAUAUAUGAGCUUGGUAAUACCUCAUUAUGUGCCAAUCCAUAAGUUACCUAAUGCAUCAGGAAUUCAAAUGAUUGUAAAUGGGGCAAUACUUCUGUCUGCUGGUCCUAUGCUUGGUAUAAUGCGUGAUAAUCUUGGAAGUUUUACACCUUGCAUAAUUGUAAUAAAUUGUGUUACGGCACUUACAGUGAUAAUGUGGACAGUAGAAAUGUUAAUCAUCCGAAAAAAAAAAUUACAAAACCAAAAAGAACAGCAAGAAACUUCUUGAUUACAUUACGCCAUACAUUUAUUUUUGAAUAACUGUGAUAAUACAGUUUAUAAAACAUUACAAA